UCCCCAAUCGGGGGUGGCCGUUGGGGGCGCGGCGGGCGCUCCGCCGGGCGGCGGGGCGAAGGUGCGGCUGGAGGGAGCGGUGUCCGCGGGGACGCGUCAGCCGCCGCCGCCCUCGCCGCCGCGGGGUCCCUCCCCUCACUCCGGCCGCCCGGUCCCCGCGGGAUGAGGGGAUCGUAGCGCCGCGGCCGCCUCCGCCAUGAAGCGGAAGAGCUGGGCCGAGGCGCGGCGCCGCGCAGCCCCGCCGCUGCCGGCUCUGAAGAGGACGCGGGGCGCGGCGCCGCGAGCGGCGGGAGGCGAGGCGGAGCGGCGGCGACAGCCGCCCCCCGCCGGUCUGGAGACCUGCCUGAGGAUCGCGGAUCGCCUUUAUUUUGCAAUUCUUUACCAAAAACCAAAGAGUGGAGCUGCAAAUACCCAUUAUUUCUGCAUAGAUGAUGAACUUGUGUAUGAGAAUUUCUAUGCAGACUUUGGACCACUCAAUCUGGCAAUGGUCUACAGAUACUGCUGCAAGCUAAACAGGAAAUUAAAGUCAUUUUCAUUGAUAAGGAAGAAAAUAAUUCAUUAUACUGGCUUUGAUCAGAAAAAGCAAGCAAACGCUGCAUUCCUCAUAGGCUCCUACGCAAUAAUAUACCUGAGAGAAUCCCCAGAUGAUGUGUACAGGCUUAUAUUGUCAGGAAGUGUUUCAUAUCUUCCUUUCAGGGAUGCUUCCUUUGGUACUUGCAGUUUUCAUCUGACAUUACUGGACUGUUUUCAUGCAAUAAACAAGGCUUUGCAGUAUGGUUUCCUGGAUUUUAGUACGUUUGAUGUAGAUGAAUAUGAACAUUAUGAAAGAGCAGAAAAUGGAGAUUUUAACUGGAUAAUACCAAACAAAUUCAUUGCCUUCAGUGGACCUCAUUCAAGAAGUAAAAUUGAAAAUGGCUAUCCCCACCAUGCUCCAGAGGCUUAUUUCCCAUACUUCAAGCAAAAUAAGGUCACCACUAUAAUACGCCUCAACAAAAAACUGUAUGAUGCCAAACGAUUUACAGAUGCUGGAUUUGAGCAUUUUGAUCUCUUCUUUGCUGAUGGAAGCACACCUAGUGAUACUAUUGUUAAAACAUUUCUAAAUAUUUGUGAAAAUGCUGAAGGUGUAAUAGCUGUUCAUUGCAAAGCUGGUCUUGGACGAACUGGCACACUUAUUGCUUGUUACAUCAUGAAGCAUUAUCGGAUGACAGCUGCUGAAUCUAUUGCCUGGAUCAGAAUAAAUAGACCUGGUUCUGUGAUUGGACCACAACAGCAUUUCCUGAUGGACAAACAGGCAGAACUUUGGACAGAAGGGGAUAUUUUCCGUGCAAAGUUGAAACGAAACCAUAAAAUUGCUGUAACAAGAAUUCUGUCAGGAGUAGAUGAUAUUUCAAUUAAUAACACAAGAAACAGGAGAACCAUCCAAAAGGACAUUGAACUGUACAGUGAUGAUGAUGAAACAAACUGUUUAACACAAGGGGAUAAGCUUCGUGCUCUGAAAAGCAAAAGGCAAUCGAAAGCGCCAACUCCAUCUCCACUAGCACAACUUUCCCUAAAUCAUGUCAUGACUGUGAUAAUGUUUUGUGGAUCUGGAAGGCAGAGUAGCCACUGUUUCAGCAAAAAAAUCAAAGAACUGCAUUUCAGUGAAACUGGUAGUCUCUUUAUUUUAGUCAAGUCCUGAAACACCACCUGUAAAAGAAAGUUUGCAUCUACUGUAGCUUGUAGCAACUGUAAGUAUAAAAUCUAUCUGCCUGCUCUUAAAUAAACUGCAAGAGAACGCAACACUUGGAAAACUUUGCAGGAUCUCCUUUGAUUGCUAGGAAAGCAAUGGUGACCCCUGGCUGUCAGACUUUUGCAAAUCACACAUGACCAAAGUCACAGGCCACAGUUUACAUGACUUUUGUAGUGUUGUCCUUCUGUAGGACAUGAUGCUGCUACCUUGCUGGCAUUUUUAUUUUCUUCUUUUUCAAGAUCACCACUGUCACCAGGCUUUUAGAAAAAGUGAGAAGUAUGUAGUAAAAAUGUGUUGAAGGUAAAGAAAUAUAUCUCUGGAAACCUUCACACAUUGCUAUGUCUGAUUUCUGCUUUUGUUUUAAAUUACUGUCUUCUGUUCAUGCUUAUCAUUUACACAGACAGCCAUAUAAGAAACAACAUACUCAGAACAAAGACUGUGCCCAGCUGAUUUAAAAAAUAUCAAAAUGCAACACCUCAGUUACCUCAAAUAGCACAGUAAAAAACAACUACCUUGCAGAUUAGUUUCCAAGGCACAGAAGUGCCUUAGUUGUCAAGUACUGAAUUGCCACACACUUACUGUAUGUUCCAUAUGAUGAAUGUAGACUGUGUGAUAACCUAUUCAGAGCCAUUGUCCUAAUACCUUCUUAACACAAGACCUAUCUACUAUUAAAAUAUUAUUUGGCUCAUGAAACAUUCUGCAAUGUCUGUUCUAAUUAGUUUGUACUUGUGUAGAAUUAAAAUAAUUGACCUGGAACUUAUAGCUCAUUUUUACAUUGUGCAUUGUCACUCAAGGAGCUUCAAUUUACCUCUUUCUGUUCCCCUGAGUUAUUUUUAUGGUUUGCAACUUGUACUGAAAUAAUUCAGUGAAAAAUGAAUGUGCAAACUCAUACAUUCCUUUGUGUUACUGUUGUUUUGUUGCAAGGAAUAUUUAGCUGCCUUACAUGAGUCAAAAGUUUUUUCUCCUACAAGAGGUGACUGUCUCUUUCCUUUGUAGUUUAGUCUGUUAAAAUAAUUAUUCUUGUGGUGAAAUUGAUUACUUUUAUCUAAGCAAUCAAACAGAAGCUUCUAAAUCUUCCAAGUAGUUUUAUUUCAGAGGAAAAAAGAAGGGGGGGGGGGGCAAAAUAAGAGCACCAGAAACUUGGACAGUUAGUCUUUGAAAACUAGAGGCAUUAUUUACUUUUGAGUCACAAAAGACUUGUAUAGAGUGUUUAUUGAAGUUGGUUGUAUAAAUUCUUUAUGCGUUGAUGACUGGAUAUUUUAUGUAUGUUCUAAUAAGCGAUUUUCUGCACCUGUGGCAAAGGAUUAUGAAUUGGCUUUUGCUUCUUACACAGAAAGGUAAUACAUGCCAUCAUCUGGUUGUUUAUAUAAGGUGUUUGUUUCUGCAGACUUACCUGUCUGUGAUGUAAUGUUUUAAUAUCAGAAUGUAUGAUUAUGAAGUAGGAUGUGUGAAUGCGGGUUGAUCAAACUGCAUAAGAGAUGGCAGCAAGUGGUCAGAGAUGAAUUGCUCCUGCACACACUUCUUUCCAAGAGUGAUACAGACUGUUUGAAAUAGGUGACUUUGGCGAGGGUUUCAGAAGGUUUGCUUUGAUUCCAGCAGCACAUGGGUACUACACUGGCAAUUUAUGGCUGGAUGGAUUGUUAGUCAUAGAAAGUAAGAAAUGCUUGGCAAAGUUUAUAGAACAGUAUCCUUUUGAAGAACUUGAAACAAGCUAAAAUGCACCAAUAGCUUUUGCUUUUGAAUUUUUUUUCAUCUCUACCUCCCCCUCCAAUCCCU